CUGCAAUUAGUGAUGAUUCUGUAAAGAGACGAUUCCACAAUUUGUACUGAAGGAUGAGUCAUUCAUGAGUUAAGCAAGAUAGCUUAAUUCAAGAUUUUUUUUUUUUGGGUAAAAUAGUUUAAUUCAAGAUUGAACCAAGCGAUUUUACCCCCCAUGUAAAUAACCUGAUUCCAUCCAUAAUCCAAAUUAUCGGGCUUAAGUUGUCACGAAACCUGCCAGCGACAACAUCGUCUCAAGCUGCACGAAGCAGAAAACCAUCGUCCUGUUGCUGCUCGAACCUGCAGAUCUAUCGUCGACGGACGUGGAGGUGGAGGAGGAUUCUGUUGCGGUUCCGUAACUUGGAGGCAGUUAAAGGAUUUUACUUAGAGAACAGAAGCUGAUCAAUGUGAUUAUGAGGUUCUUUCAUUGAAGUUUAUCUGGAAUAGGAGGCGCAAAUAAACAGAACAAGAUGUUCUCAUUGUUUUAUGGACUUUGGAAGUAUCUCUUUAGUAAGACGGAGUUCCAUGUCCUUAUUCUUGGAAUCGACAAGGCUGGAAAAACUACUCUACUGGAGAAAUUAAAAGCAUUGUACUCAAACUUGGAAGGUCUCCCCCCUGAUCGAAUUGUUCCUACUGUUGGGCUUAAUAUUGGCCGCAUUGAAGCAUCAAAUACCAAACUUGUCUUCUGGGACCUGGGAGGUCAGAUUGGUCUUCGAACAAUUUGGGAGAAGUACUAUGAAGAGGCACAUGCUGUAAUAUAUGUAAUUGAUGCUGCUUGCCCCUCACGCUUUGAGGAUUCGAAAUCAGCCCUCGAAAAGGUACUACGCCACCCAGAUUUACAAGGAGCCCCUCUGUUGAUACUAGCAAACAAGCAGGAUCUUGCUGGAGCUGUGUCAGCAGAAGAAUUGGGGAGGUAUUUGGACCUCAAGGAAUUGGACAAAAUGCUGUACAUGUUUGAAGCUGUUUCAGCAUAUGAUGGGGAUCAAAGAUGGUAUAGAAUGGCUAGUGGAGGUUAUGGAGAGAAGUAAGAGAACAGAAAUGUUAAGAGUACGUGCAGGUAUCACAGGCACUGUUCCUGCUUAGGACUUUUUGUUAAAGCAAAAGAUCACAUUGGUUUGUUUAGCCUUAAGUGCAACCCACGAAGGAAAAUCUCAUUUGCUGCUGAGAGACCACUGGAAGCUGAUGGCACUCACUUCAAGUGUCAAUUGAUACUAUUGCAUACAUUAAGAUUACACAUGUAAUUUUAAGAUGAUUAGUUGUAUAUGUCAUUGGAAGUUAAAUCUUUUCAUGAGAAGAUGGGGGGCCUUGGAAGUUUUUUCCAUGAUAGACUGGUUUAAUUUAUUAUCUUGAAAGGAAAUAGAAUAAGUAAAUUGCAUCA